UCGGUCUGUCUUUUGGCUCUUGAGUCAGUUUGAAUCAACCGAAUAAGGAGACGAGACGAAGCGUGGAUGUCUACUCCAUACAUUGGCCUCUAGUCGAUCAUCCCGUCAGUAGCUUGGUGAGUGGACCCGCUUGUAUAGAUAAGGAGCUAUCACGAUGAGACAUCGCCAUCAUGCUUUAUCGCAUCUAAUUCGAAGGGUCCUAACCUCAAUCAAACAGAACUAGACGAUUAUCUGUUAAAAUGUUUCCUUCAGAAGGGGCUAUCGCCGGAGCCUUUGCCUCCCAGCAUCCUCUGGGUAGGCAGUCCCAGCCGGAAGCUGCGGGGUUGAAGAAACGGGAGCCGUUCCCUGCCUGGAGCGUCAUCGAGGAUACCAAGAAGAAAGCAGAUGCGCUUGCUAAGGAAGCGACUCGAGAGUUGGAUCUUGCGAGCCAGAAAGCCCAGGCUAAGGCCGGCAAGAUCGAACUAUGGUCUCCUAAGUACUAUGCGGCCUGCACGGUCGGAGGACUGCUUGCCUGCGGUCUCACUCACACCGCUGUGACGCCUCUAGACUUGAUCAAGUGCCGUCGUCAGGUCGACCCUCUGCUGUACAAGAGCAAUGCUGAGGCAUUCCGUACGAUUCGCGGCGCAGAGGGACUCCGAGGUGUUUUCACCGGUUGGGGUCCAACCUUCUUCGGAUACAGCGCCCAAGGAGCGUUCAAGUACGGCGGUUAUGAGUACUUCAAGAAGUUCUAUAGCGACCUGGUCGGAGUUGAGAAUGCGACUCGAUGGAAGACAUCCCUGUACCUGGCCGCCAGUGCGUCGGCGGAACUUAUCGCUGAUGUCGCCCUGUGCCCGUUCGAGGCCGUCAAGGUGCGCAUGCAGACGACCAUUCCGCCUGAUAUCCGUUCGACCUUUACUGGAAUCUCCGGCGUUGUUAACAAGGAAGGCGUGGCCGGUCUGUACAAGGGACUUUACCCUCUCUGGGGCCGCCAGAUUCCGUAUACCAUGAUGAAGUUUGCGUCCUUCGAAACGAUUGUCGAGAUGAUCUACCACUACCUGCCGGGUCAGAAGUCCGACUAUAACAAGGGAGCGCAGACCGGAGUUGCCUUCACUGGUGGUUACCUGGCGGGUAUUCUUUGCGCAGCUGUAUCUCAUCCCGCCGAUGUCAUGGUCAGCAAGUUGAAUGCGAACCGUCAAGCUGGAGAGGCCUUUGGUGCUGCGAUGAGCCGGAUCUACAAGGACAUUGGCUUCCGGGGUCUCUGGAACGGUCUCCCCGUCCGUAUCGUCAUGAUCGGCACCUUGACCGGACUGCAGUGGAUGAUUUAUGAUUCGUUCAAGAUCUUCAUGGGUCUGCCCACCACUGGUGGAGGCCCUGCUGCGCAGGAGAAAAAAUGAUUGGAGGAUGAAAGAUCAGCCGCGGUUCUAGAUCCUUACUAUUCGCCAUAAAGGGUCGUGUAGAAUACGUCCUUGAAACAGGAUGACAGUGGGGGGUGAUGGUGAAUGGGGCGUAGCUACCUGCAUAUAGUUUGUACCUUUGUUUCGAUUUUAUCUGCGAUACACCUUCCUUUGCGAGAUUCCUCUGAACCCAUCCGAGGCCGGUGAUAAAGCGGCCGUGAUAGUAGACACUUAAUCGGCGGGCCCAACUAAAGCCGUUAGUCACGGGUCGGACCAAUCCGGGCGGACAUCUUAUCAGCCCGACGACGUCAUCGGACGGAGUCCCGAUCCCGCCAUCGUUCAUGCGAUAAACCAUGCCUCCUAGCGAGGUACUCGCCAGUUACUC